AUGAGCAAGGCUUCGCUUGCUGCUGUGUCCACUCUACAUGGGAUGAAGUACACAGUCGCUGAGACGGCUCAGUUGCACCUGGAAGGAGGCAUCGCCGAUCUGAAAGCAACCGACAUCAAGAUCUACUGGGGGUCCCUGGGAGCUUGGAGUGAGGAGAAUGACAUUCUGACAUCCAACACUGUCAUCGAAGUCUACCUCCCGCGGUUUUCAGGAGGAUCGAACCUCUUCGGUGCUUACAGGUCUGGCAGUGCCGAAGCCAAUGUCCAGUGGAUGAAGCAGAGUCAAGUCCUUACCAUAUCUGAAAGCCUAUCCAAGACGUGGGCGAGCGUUCCUUCUCCUGUUUUCAACCAAGCCGCGUCCGGAAAUGGUCCUGGGGCCGGGGGAUGCUUCGGAAUAACACAAGACCUCUCGUCCAAUGCUUUCGAUCUCAAACAGAUACGUGCAAACUCCUUCUCCAUGUGCCACUGGGACUCACAGAAAGAGACGCUCCGCCUGCUCAUGUCUUCAUCGCAGCCCAUCACUGGUGUCUACAUCAGCAAGGUCUCCAUGUAUCAGAACUAUGAGGCUCAGGGCAAGCAGAAUGGUCUCGGUCCCUUGCCACCGAUAGGAGGGAUUGACGAGCAGUGGUAUCAGUUGGCGCAUGUUGCCAUCUAUCAGGCCUCUGGCUCUGUGAGAAGCUGUGCCGUGAGCUCCAUCAGCGACUUCCCGUCGACACCAUGUACAAGCGAUUUCCUGGUUUAUCAAGUUCCCUUCGAUCAGUAUCGCUCCGUCAGGUUUGGUACGGACCUCCCUCCUAUCCCCACACGAAAGGAAGCCGGAGGCGUAGGCACGGUAGCGCCUCCAUCUUUUGUGUAUGCCGCAGCGUCUGGAAACAACGAUGGGCCAAAUCAAGCCGUUUGUAUCACUGUCACGUUAGUCAGCUCCUCUACCAUCUACUCCGUCGCUUCCAACCCGACCACGAUUACCUUGACCGGCUUGACGGGAAGCUCCUCGCCGAGUCAGUACAUUCAGCUCUUCCAGAACAAGUGUCAGUGCGAGGGAUCGAGCACGGCACAGGAACUGAUACCCAAGAGGUUUCGAUCUUCCACAAGCACCAAGUCUGUUGGUCAGGCAGAUUUUAAUGCCGACGGGGCCUUGACGCUGCAGCUCAUUCCGGGACAUUACAUUCAAGCUGGGGAGUUUGUGACUUUUUCUUUCAGUCUGAAUACUGGUGGGAACCAACAGACCACUCGAGACUUGAAGGUUUCAUUGUCUGGUCAACGCUGUUUGGGGAAUGACUUUUGCACGUCGUCGAGCUCUAUGACGGUUACCAUCCCUCCUAAGAAGUUUGACUCCUCGUCCAAGAUCUUGGAGGUAGUCGGCAACAGGUUGAGAGCGUCCAUGUUUCAAAGUUCCAGCGAUCCUGGCUCUAUGACCAAUAUGUUUGUAACCCUGCGACCCAACUUCAAUGUAGAGGUUGGGUCGGUGAUCAGCUUUCAAGGUGUCUGCGGUACACAAACCAACACUCCUUACGUGACUCUGAUGAGCAACAGGCUCAACGGUGGAACCUCGUUGACCGACAAGUGUACUGGAAACCCUAAGGAAGUCGACCUGGCAGACUACUGGCCCAGUGCUAGGUUAGAUUGGAGCAUUGGAAGACCCCUCAAGCUGACUCUAGAUAACAGCCUCGGCCUCGAUGCUCGGGGUAUCUAUGUUCUAUCCUGGUCAUGGCAAAAUUUGUUCUCAGCAAACUCGGCCUGCUCCUUGACGUUGACUGUGCAGAAGGGAGGAGUUGUGAAUGCUGAAGUAGUGGAGAACAUCGGAAACACUGUUGGCAACGUGGCAAGUCCAGGGUUUAUCAAGUACAAGAUCGGACAGGCUACUACUCGCCCGGAUACGACCAACUACAUCUGUGUGACGCUCAGAAGCAACUUCCGUAUCUCCACGCAGCCCAUUGCACAAGGUCAGAACUCUGUGGCUCAGAUUACAAUCUCAGGGUUGCAUGGCUCCCAGACAGCCAUGGCGCCAAUCAUCAGCGCAUGUCCGACCUUCGACUGGAACUUGUUCCAGCUGCGUCCUGUGUCUGACCCUCCAACUGCUCAUUUCGUGGACAAGAUCGUAGGAGGGACGCUGCAUCGAACCACCAGCUGGUCAGCAGGAUCAGCAGUCUUGACCGUUAACGAGGAUGAUGAGGCUGGCAAUGUUUACUUCUCUAUCCCUCAGCAGCAGGAUGUUGUGUUCGCGCUGGUCUUGAAGAACCCCAAGGGUCCAAACUCCUGCCAGUCCGUGUCUCUGAGCCUCUCUGCUCGUGGACCAGGGAACCAUCUGGUUACACAGACCGUUACAAUGGUUCAGAACGCUCUCGAGAGAGCCUUGGAAGAUGGCGAAAUGGAUGGGGACGUGUGUGUGCUCAAGACUUACGAUUACAACUUUCCAACCAGAGUCAUCGCGCAGUCGUCUCCGGUCGUGCAACAGAGCAACAUCAUCACAAUCACUCUGAGGUCUAACAUGAACAUGUUGAGUAGCUUCUACAGCUCUCAGAUCACCAUCGUUGGACUACAAGGCACGGACACUCCAGGUACAUCUUUGUUGGCUACCUCAGUUUCAGACCAAUACUUUCCGAAUAUUGAGAAGACGACUUGGGAUCGGAGCCAAGGAACGCUUGUAGUCUAUCUUGCUAAAGGGAUCUGCCAGCUGCCAGUCAAGGGCCAGCCUUCUAACUGUAUUUAUGCGGGAUGGACAUACAUAUGGCGUUACACUUUUAAGAAUGGAGCAGCAGAGCAAACCAGUCCUGCAGUGUCCAUUUCAUCUCAAUUCGCUCCAGACAAGAGGACUAACCCACAAUUAAUGACUCCGCCGAUGAGCUCAGACUUUCAUGCUCUUCACAUGACAAGAAAUCUUCUCAACAAGUACAACAUCGGACAGCUGAACCCUGCUCCUGGUGCUGUCAAUCCUGUUUGCAUCACCUUGACAUCAAGUAAGACUAUCACUGCCCCUACCACCUUCACCCUCACAGGGUUGAGCAUGUUCUCCUCGAGCUCGAACAUUGCUCUGUAUGAUGAGUAUGCUACCGCGCCGCUUACCGGGGGAUUGUUCCAGACGGUUGGAGCAAACCCGCAGAGCAACUAUGCCACCUACGAUCAAUCGACGAUACGGUUCCAGCUGGGUCCAUCGCAAUCUCUUCAAGAGAGUGUCAAGUACAAGUUUUGUUUCAGGCUCACAAACUCCGUUACGAGUCAUCCAAGCUGUCCUCAAGUAUCAUUGAUUGUCGAUUCGCAGUCUGCACCAGAAGCGUUCAAAGGGUCGCAGACGUACCUGUGCAACAACGAUGUGAGCAGAAAGGUUAGGGGCUACCCCUCCGAGCCCUCGGGAUGUGCUGGUUACGUCUCAGAUCGCAAGUUCAUCUCGUCCAACAUGCGGUCAGGGUCGAACGUGACUGCAAGUACGGUAUGGGUGACCAUGGAGCUGCAGCCCAACUACCCUCUCAUGCCUGGCCAGACUAUCACCGUUGGCUCAUUGUUGAGCAUGACGAAUGCGGGCUCAUCGGAAGUGCCAUGUACGAUAGUUCGCAAUGGCCAGGUUAUCAACUCUAUCACCAGUCAGCACAGUAACAAGGGAAUCUUUGCUCCCGCAACGUUCGAGAGUGUUUGCAAGUUUAUCGACAGCAAGAUUCAGAUAUCUUACACAGGAGGAUCAGCACCCUCCUCAAAUCUUGUUUACGAUCCGUAUUUCGAUGUGAGCGCUCGCCGAUCGAAGGGUCUGUACAAGGUGGAGGUGAUUGCGGGGGGCUCUCAGUACAAAGCUGCUAUCGUGAUCAUCUGCGACGUCACGCCUGGUGAAGAGUUCUGGUCCAAGACGACCUGCACAGAUGCAGGAGUAGUGUUUGCUGCUGGUACCUCAGCUCGAGCAAAAGCGACGGUCUUGUCUGGUACUGUGUCCUCCAUCAAUCUCACAGCGUCUGGUUCAGGCUACACUAUUUCUCCUCGUGUUUUCAUAGUGGAUCCCACAGGGUCAGGCAGCGGUGCUUUAGCAAGAGCCUUUGUAUACGACCUGUCAAUCUUCACGGUGCAGCUGCAGCUUGAGAAUCAGAUCACUCCUUCCAGUGUUGAAGGUUUCACGGUCACGGCACAGUCGUUUGUAUCCUCCGCUCUAGACAGCGGGAAGCUUGCGCUAUCCAAGUCAAGCCUCAAAUUUCAAGAGCACAACAGCUCAGAGGUUGUCUUCACUGUCACUCCGCAACUCAACCUCUACGAGGGCGACAUGCUCCUUGUCAAUCUGCCUGCUUAUGAUGUCAUCACUGGCCCGAUCUUUGGUGUGACCUCCUCCCCCAACCCAGCAUUUUCGACCUUCUCAACUCAGCUCGAGUGGGAGCUGAAUUACAAUGAGAAAGAUCGAGCGCGAGCAUACGUCAGCAACGGUUGGGCAGCGGACGGGAACAGACAUCGGUCAGGAGAUGGAGAUGUAGACGGUUUGUUUGUGUUGUCGCCCGAUGACGAGGGCUACAACAAGAACAAGGACUUGUGCUGGAGCCGCGUGUCCUGCCCGUGGGGCCUGCCGGAUAGCGACGUCACCUUCGGGAGCUCUUUGAGCACUCUGUCUCUGAUCAAGGUUCAGAGCACGGCAGCCUCUUCUCUUGGGUACACACAAGACAUUUGCUACAAGAACAGCAGCUUCAACCUGCCCCACGACUCUCACUACGUCGGCAUGCAGCUCAAGUGCCGCAACAAUCAGCACACUGCGACCGAUGGAGGUCAAGUCACAAGCGUGCGAGUGCGACAUGGGGGGCUAACGGUCGUUAGCGGGAGGUACACAGAGACUUCAGGGAUCUCUGCGGCAGCACCAACGUUUGUGGCAGCAGCUGUCAGUGCAGCUAGUCAAGCCAGGGGGUCGCUGAUGUACCAUGUGGUUGGAGUUCAGUACAUGUCAGGCAGCUCCUUGACAGAUGGUGACAUGAUCGUGUUUGAUUCGACUUACCAAGUGUCGCCUGCCGCAGCAUCCGUCUCAUCCCUCUACAGCAGCAGUCCAGCUGUGCAAGUGACGUCUCCCGGCUUGUACUCAGGGUUCCCGUAUGCGACGGUCACUGGCAAGGACACGCAGCUUCAAGUGCUUCUCAGCGUGUCGAGCGCCAGCCUGUCCUCUCAGGGAAGCGGUUACACUACAAUUCCAACGGUGACAACUACGCUCAAGCCAAAUGUUGCUCUGCCCUCCACAGUCCAGCAGCUGGAGCUUCCCAUAUUUGAUGUGUCGUUGACCAACGUCACCGGUACGGUCAUCACCCAGUCUAUCCUCGACUACAGUCAGGCGAACAAAUGCUUCGUGGUGGCGGAAGAGUUCCCAACGUCGUUCCUGAGUGAUUGUCAGGUCAUGCCCAAGGAGCAGGUCGGUCGAUACACCGGCAUGACAGCGAUGAUCGGAUCCAACGAGUACGUCAUCAAGCAGGGAGCUGGCGGCGUCUACUGGGUGACAGACCUCCAAGGCAACAAGCCUAGAAACAUCGACCUGGCGAACAAGCCCUACACCAUCUACACGCAGCUGCAGCUGCAGGUGGCAAAGGGGAAGUGGAUCAGGCAGGGCGAGAGCAUCAGCAUAAGCAUCCCCAGCUACAGGUUCAGGUCCAUCCCUAGCGAUACCAACGCGUUCGUCACUCGCGCUACGGACGACGCCUCCAAGACCAUCAAGGAGAGGACGAGGUUUCAGUUGGCGUCUCCUAUCAGUGUUGGCAACGUUGGUAUGGCAGGAGCACCGACGACAAGAAUGUUUAUUUUCGGGGGGGCCAUCUCAAGCGGCGACAGCUGUACCAUCCCGGGAAGUGAUAUCGAGGCCCCUCAGACAUCUGAUGGCCUGACUGUCAACCUGGCGCAAACCAUGACUAGCGUAGGAGCCAACAAGCCAGUUUUCCUUCCUCCCUCGACGUGGGGAUCUGGAUAUCUCAGACCCGCCUGGUUCAAAGGCACCUGUCUCUCCAGCAGAACUUUGAACGGUGUUUUCAUGCUCAAGGGGCAAAGCACGGGCAUCGAAUGGAUCGAAAUCGUGACACCGGGAACGAGUUGCAGCUCCAACAUCAUUGUUAUUAUCUCCAGCCCAGCUAAGUAUGCGGUGACAGACGCCUUGACCAACUCCCCCGUCUGUCCUGAUGACUUCAGCCUGUGCACUCAGGCAACGGCUGUUGCGACGGUUAAUGGAGGCUCCAUCACGGGCGUAUCACUGACAAACAGCGGCAGUGGAUACUUCUUUGCGCCUACAGUGAGGUUUGAGAACUCGGACUCCAACACUCCUUGCGACGCUUUUGCCGUUGCUCACCUGUCGCACAACUACACUGCUCGACUGCGGGUGUCGCCGGACUCAAGCUUGAUGAUGUAUCGGAGUCAAAGAGACCAGUAUGACUCGCUCACUGGCUUGCACUCUGAUGUGUUCUCCCCGGUAUCCCUCCACAAGAAGCAUGACGCGAGGACGCUGAAUGCAGAGAUCGGCACAGGAUACGUCGCUGCCAUCAUCAUCACGUCUCUUCCUCCUGUCUCCUGUGCUGGCCCUAUAGAAAUCGAGGCUCCGCCUUCAGGCAGGACAGCAAAGGCUCAGACAGCAGCUGCAGGAGACCUCUCUUCCAUUCAGGUGAUCGAUGGAGGCUACGGCUACGAGUAUCCUCCUGCUGUCAGCUUCGCUUGCAAGCAAGGAGCUGCCCGCGCUAUCCUCGGCUUCACUACUGCAGAUGUUCAUAUGGCUGGAACUCGAGUGAAUUCUUCUUAUACGGGGCUACAACCUGUCCUUCUCUCAGCUGCCACGUCAGCACCAGCCUUUCAGAAUUCCAUGGACUCGCCGGUGGUGGUUGGUUUCAACAAAGCCUGCAGCAACGGAGUCACGCAGACCUACUCCAGGGCAGGCAGCGGAUGGAACAACUCGCGAGUGACUGGCGUCAGCCUCCCCAGUAGCGUCGACCUUGCUGGGUUUGCCUUCGGCUUCACAUCUGUCACCAUCAGUCCUUCUCCUGUCAACGCCCACGGGCUGGUUGACCCUGCAGCAGACGCUCUCGCUGUCCCCACCUGGUCCUUUCCUGCCUCAGGAUCAGUGCUUGCCAACGGAGUGGAGGGGGUGGUGCAGCCAUUGCCUGGCAUCGGGUCAAAGAAUGGCAAAGGUGUGAAUGGAGUGAUCUUGUACGAUGGCCCGAGCUCCUAUGUAGACCUGACAAGCUGCCAUCAGGCCGUCCUCAUCUUCAACUCUCCACAACGUCUAGGAGGGAAGACCCUGAAACUUCAACUCCUUCAACCCACAGGCUCCAGCCUCCCCAGCUAUGUGAUCGUACAGCAGGGACAGGGGUACGCCAACAUCCCGAUAGUCGUAGACAUUGCCUUCAACGUCGGAGGCUCCACCAAGAGCUACUCCAAGGACUUCGCUGACCUCUCGAGCAGCCAGCAGACCACCUGCCGGCCCUCCUACUUCGCAUUCAAUACUGCAUACCAGGGGUACAACGUCUUCUCGAUAUUCGUCAGAUCCUCUGGCACUUCAACAGGGCCCAUAGGCCUGACGCUAGAUGGAGUGCUGCUAACGCGGGAGGGCUACGGAUAUGAGACGGCUCCUGCAGCAACCUUCAGCUGCAGCGGAUGUUCAACCAGCCAGUGCAAAGACAAAACCGCAAUCUCCAUCGCAAAUGACGUCUGCACAGCCUCUGAUUUGAUCGUCGACGCUACGGUGAGCCAGGGAUGCGCAGGAGGCUGUCAGCGGCAAGUGUACGCCAACGCCUUCUUCUCCCCCAACAAUGGAAACGGAAUGCAAAUCUGCUCGCCGGCUGCUGCUGCUGGUGACUACCGGACGCGCAAGACGCUGCAGAUGCGAGUGUCGAACGGUCUGUCUGCCUUCUCAACGAAGAAUGUGUACACUGUGAGACGUGGCCAGGGCUUCCAAGGCGCGAAGGGUUCACUGAUCUUCAAGCUUACCGCAAACGCUACGUUCUCCUUCUCGUCUCUCUGCGAGGUCCCCAAAGUUAUCGUGGAACCUCCGCCCAGGGUGGGGGUGCAGGCCGAGGUCAACCUUGACUAUCACGACACCUCUUACGACCCCUACACCAACAGACCAUCGGCAAGCUUGACAGCAGCUAGCAAGGGGUUUACAGCUGAGAAUGCCACAUACACGUACCUGCUCAAGGUCAUCAAUGCUGGAUCUGGGUACCUGAAGCCUCCGAGCAUUCGCAUAGUCUCAUCAUUGGGUUUGUUGCCUACCUGCCCUACCCCCAUAGUUCGCGCCUUCCCGAGGAACGGGCUGGUUGCAUCGAGGGUGGAAUUAAUUAGAAACAUUUCCCUCCCCGAAGCUAACCAGGGAAGUGCAAAGGAGAAGCCGACGUGCAGCAGCGGAUCGUUUGUCGUCAAGUCACUUUGCCCAGACUCCCAGCUUUGCACGAGCUCGUACUCGCAAGCGGAGCUGAACCCACUGCCUUCCUGCUCGAUGUCAUCACAGUGUGGCAGUUGCAUUACCUUCCCUUGUCCUUCCCAUGCAUGUGCGCCUGACAAUUGUCCUUCUUACCUUUCGACGGUACUUGACGCUUCUCUCUCCUCUGUAGUGCCAGACGAAGCGCUCGCUGUCAUCGGGUGGGAUGCACGGCAACAGCAGCCAGUCUUGCUCAAUCAAGGCUUCGGGUUCUCUCCCAACACGCCCAAUCCCCUCCGACUUGAGUUCCCCUCGGACGUUGGGCAGGCGUAUCCCUGCGCGGAGAUUCUUCUCUACUUCUCGGCUGGCCCCAGCUCUGACGCCCUUCAGCCUGGCCCUUUGCACUGGCCUGGUGACCUGUCGUACAAACAAAACGCUGUCCGGAAUUAUGCUGGCGAGGUUACUGAAGUCAACUAUUUAUUCCGACCUGGUUUCAUCAAUGCAGUGUACGGCUCUUUCAGCAAUUUCCCUGUCACCACGCUCGUCUCUCUAACCAGUUCAGCUCUACUUGUUGUUGUGUCAGCAGGAGGGUUCAAGGUGGGAGAUUACAUCAGACUGGCUGAGGAAGUGAUGCUUGUCAACGGGGUCAGCCAGCAGCAGAACACCCUCACCGUCACCCGAGGAGCACUGAACACAACAAUCACCUCCUCCUUCGCUCUUGGAACCGUUGUCCGCCCUUUCAAUCCCGGCUCAGUGCUGCUGAAAGAAAUUGCAAACGACGCGACGACCAUCCAAGUAUCGGAAGCAUCAAGAUUCAUCUCGGACAGAUACAUCCAGAUAGAGCACGAGGUCAUGUACAUCUCCAGCGUGCAUGCCGCGUCUUUGACCGUCCUACGAGCUCAGGAAGGAACGCUUGCAAGCAGCCAUGCCGCCUUCAAGCCCGUGGGCUACAUUCGCCCUUCACAGCAGUAUCCCAUCGUGCUACUGGAGCCCAUCAGCUCUAGUCAGACGACUUUCUCCGUGUCUGACGGGAGUUUCUUCUACACCGGCGCCUCAAUCAAGGUGCUCAGCGAGGCCAUGGCAAUUACUGCAGUCUCAGGCGACACCUUGACAGUAAAGCGAGCUCAAGCUUCAACCUCAGCUGCGGCUUAUCCCAAGCAAGUCUUGGUGAAGCUUGUGCAAGGCACGGCAAACGUUAUAUCGGUUACCACCACCAGCACCAGCAUCGUACCAUCCAUCACCAGAUCCUCCAUGAACAUCCUGAGUAAUGUUUAUGCUUCUGACACUAUUCUAUCUGUGAGGGACCCCGUGCAGAAUACAUCGUCGACGGGCUUUCAACCCGGCGACUAUGUGCUGGGAAUGUCUAUCUUCUAUUAUUCUUCGAGUGAGGUGAUGUUGGUCUUGAGUGUUGAGACAGCCAGAAUAUCAGGAUAUCUUUAUCAAAAUCUGACUGUUGCAAGAGCUCAAUUUCAGACCACUGCAACAUUGAUUGGCCGUGGAUUCCCAAUAACGCUCUCAUCAAGUCCGCGCAUCCUCCAACAAAGUCUAAGCCCGACAGCUACAAACCCCGUCUUCUCGAACUCUACUGGUCUGCAAGCUGGAGAUAUUCUGUGGGCUUUCCCAACUCAAAAUGAAGGAAAUAUUGAAGUGAUGGAGUAUCAGUCUGAUGGGAGUGUACUUCGAGGAUUGAUCCCAGACUACGGUGGCAGGUCGCAGGUAGCAUCAGUGUCAAAAGGAGCAAUUGUCCAGACCAUUUCGCAGCCUGCUUACUUCAGUCCCCCUUAUUGCACUUCUAACAAUGGGUCACUGUUGAACAUGACAGGGAUCUCCAAGUUUGCUGUUGGCGACAUCGUGUCAGAUGGCCUCACAGCUUACAACGUGACAGCUAUCGAUGCAGGGUUAAGUCAGAUCAAGGUUGAGAGCCUUUAUGUCCCAGGUGCUUCCCCUUCGUGUUCGCAACAGAAAAAUGCUAUCCUUUCUUACAUAGUGAAGAUGGAGGGUCUGAGGGUUUUAAGCACUUCUUGGAGUCUCGAAGAGCAAACGUUUCUGGUCGAUCCUUCAGUUGUCCAUACAAUCAACUUGCAGACCAUGGUCUCUGAUUUCUAUUCAGCUGGAGACUUUGUCUGGAUUGCUGACAAGAGUACGUCUAGUAGUGGGUUGUUUCAAGUAGAGUACGUCGGAAACUACUCCCUUAAUGUAACAGUCUACACCAUACCUCGUAGCACAGUAGGAAAACUAUACAAUUUUGAGAAAGACACAGCGAUUCUCUAUAAGUACGAAAGAUUUGAUGUGACCAACGGCACAGCUCUCUCUCCAGGAGACAGUGUAUUAUUCACGUGGCUAUUGGCUGGCGGGACAGGUUACAUCAUUUCAUCGACCGAAAAUGAAAUUCGCAUGAAAAUCACUGCUGGCAAGUAUGUAGUCAACAAUCCUUCUCCGAAUAGUUAUAGUUAUUACUCCUAUUUCCAUGAUAUGUAUGAGAACUUGCUGCUUAUCCGGGUGUCAAAGACGAGCUACGCCAGGUCGAAGCUUGCCCUCGCAAUCGAUUCGACUGUCAACACUAUCAAUCUCUUUGACGCGUCCGGAUUUCGCGCAGGGGAUAACUUUAUCAUUGACCAAGAAGUAAUGACCAUAGAGAACCUCAACGGCAACCUGCUUCUAGUCAAGCGCGCUCAGCAAGGCACUUUGGCUGCCCCUCAUGCGUUUGACGCGCUUGUGGAAUGGAAGGCUCCAGUGUCAGCCACUUCUUCGCAAGUCUCGUCCGUGACGCCGCUGUUUCGACGUGACCAGCACUUGAGAUACAUCUCUCAGCUCGGCCCCAUCACCCUUCCCAGCUCGAUCCAACAGCUUUCGAGCUAUCAGAAUGUCUGGGCAGAGCUCGACGAGGAGAUCAUCUUAAUCCGGCAGCCCGCCUUAGGAAUCGUCAAGGCUUCAGAUCGCGGACUGAGAGGAACGGCUGUUGCAGCGCACGUGAGCAACACGACCUACAACAUCCCCAACGCCAUCUUCUCCUGGCUCUUCUCCUUCAGGUCAAACCUGCCGGGCAAUUCGGGCUUCGCAGCUCUGCCCGUGUACGAAAUGAACGCUGCUGGGGUCAUUGCGUUGUCAGGGGUUCAUGUGCUGUCUGGAGGUAGCAGGGUGACAAGUGAGCCAGCUCUAAAGCUCAUUCUCAAUCACUUCCUUGAGAACGAAGCCCGAGGACAGUCCAUCGCAGGCCCUUUGUACUCAUACCGCACAUUGAUCGAGCAGACCUUCUUGCAGGACAAGAUGGACGGCUUCGACCCUGCCUCAGACAGCUCCAUCUUGUCUCCAUCCCACAACAGCUCCAACGCCAUCAACGCGAGCUCGCCGAACCCCUUCGAGCCAGGCUCACCCGUGUUUGUGCUGGACUCCCUCGGUCAGAUGCUCGGGGAUCAGGCGGUCCCACAGCAGAGCCUCUCGGUAUCGGACGGUGCCGCUUACUUUUAUUCCAUCAUCAGCAGACCGUCCGUCCUCGACUCAGUGUGGAGCAGCCCGCCCUUGCUGAUAGUUUCGACCUCCUCGCCUACCUCGGUAGACCUGUUCCUCAACGACACGGUCGCUGGCUUGUACUCCAACGGACAAAAGACCGCUCUGCUGUCCUCCAGCACCAGGAUGUUUGUCUGGAAGACGGAUCCGCGCCAGCUCGCUGUGCUUGCAGCACCAGUCAGCUCAGCAGCCUCUUCAGCAAGCUCCUCAUCCUCAUCACCCGCAGGAGGUCUCAACGUCGGCGCCAUUGUAGGCGGCGUCAUUGGCGGAAUCGUCGGAGCGGCUGUGCUGGGCCUGCUGGCUUACAAGUUUGUGGGUAAUGGGAAAGUCGCCAAGUCAGCGGAUGUAGAGAUGGCCCCGGUGUAUGCGCCUCAGGCCUACGGCUACAUCGUGCAGUAUACAGCACCUCCUGUGGUCAGAUACCCUUGA